AUGUCUACUCCGAACCUCUCUCGCUCUGUCAGCCCAGAUCAUGGCAGCACCCCAUCUCUCUCUCCUCCACCUUCCGAGACCCAACAGCUCGCAGCAGCCCUAACCCUGAAGACCGGCCGCGAAGUCCUCUCCCACUGUCUCGGUCUCUCCACACUCGAAGGCGUACCCUCGGCUGCCGAAAACAUGAUCGUCGUAAGCUUCGACACCGAGAGUUGGGUUGCCGACCACAGCCGACUCACCGAGCUUGGUGUCUCGACCUUCGACUCUCGGCAUACGCGUGGGCUGAAGGAGGCUGGUAUGCAUGGAGAGAACCUGCUUAGGCAGGUUUAUUUCUACCAUGCGCGGAUCUUGGAGAACGCAUAUCUGCGUAAUAUCAAGUAUUGUGUUGGCGAUCCUGACAAGAACCACUAUGGUCAGACUCGCUUCUUGACCAAGAGUCAGACCAAGGAGAUGCUCGAGGAAACGUUCCAGUGGCCUGUCGAUAAGCAAAAUCCAGAAUUGGGUUUCUGUCCCGUUGUGGUGUUGGGCCAUGCUCUCCAUGGUGAUAUGGCGAUGCUGAAAUCCACAUUGGGCGUCGAUGCCAUGGCUUUGGGUACGGUGGUCAAGAUCAUCGAUACUCAGAAUUUGGCCAAGGAGUGCGAAUACGCCCCUUCUGGCAACGGCAAUCAGAUCGGUCUGGGUAAUCUCGUUGCCAAAUGCAGUUUCGAAUAUCGAGAUCCGCAUACCGCUAGCAACGACGCGGCUAUGACGCUCAUCUCUGCUGUUCAGAUGCUGCUUCCUUCGGAGUUGAAGCCAAAUGACGGAGGGCUGCAGAAGGUUGUUGAAAACAUCGAAGUGGAUAGCCAGUGGCAAGAAUGGGAUUGGGGUAAUGAUCAGUGGUGUCUUCGGUGCGGCCAAUACGGUCACACGAGGGACGACUAUCGCGGCAAGCGUUGUUUCGCCAAGGUCAAGUGUAGCCACUGUACUGCUUCACAGGUUGCGAAACGUAGGCAGGCCGCGGGUAGUCAUCGAACGGAGUGCUGCAUCUCUUAUGCGAUGCGUGGGCCAGAGGUGGUUCCUACAGUCGAGACUACGGCUACUGCUCUUGCUGGCUUGGAUCUCGCAAGCGACGACUGGUAUCGUCUCAACAACAUCAUAGCUGACAUAGUGAACAACGUGAUCAUGUCCAUCAGCGCUCAAGACACACCUGUACCUGUCGUUGCUACUCCAUCCGCAUCCACCAUAACCACCAUACCAGAUACGCGAGAUCCUGCCAUUAUCGCUCUAGAAGGCUGCUUCGAGAAAGCCACUGAUCUAGAAGUGUGGCUGCAUUGUAUCGGAGGGCCGCGCGUGAAGAACAUCCCUGACAUCGCCGAUGACCUCGCAGACCAUAUCAAGAUCGUCUGUCUGGACUGCGAACACUGGUCGACGAACACCGAUGAGACCACCGAGGUCGGUAUUGCUACUUUUGCGCGACAAGAUGUACUGCCCAUCGUGGCGACGAAAGACUUUGGUGACCACGGAGAGCAUUUGAUGGAACAAAUCCGCUUCUAUCUCUUCCGCACGAUUGAGACGUGCCAUCUCCCCAAUCAGAAUCCAGACUCACGCGGGGUCGACGGAAAUCGGUUUGGCAAAGGCCGCUUCGUUACCUUCGCUGAAGCUCGUCAGAUCCUUACCAAUCUCUUCGUCCAGCCUAUCAAGGACCCUAAAGGACUCAAGGGUAACUACCCCAUCGUAGUCCUCGGUCAUGACGUUGGACACGACAAGAACAACCUCAAGUCCAAGGCGAUUGCUUUCGACAUGGAUCCCAUCGGCACAGUCGUCCGCUACAUUGAUACUCAAAUCAUGACGCGCGACAAAGGUUACUGGAUGAUGCCUCGAAACGAGCAGAUCGGCCUCAGGCGCCUCGUAGAAGAGCUUGCUUUUGAACAUAGUGAUCCCCACACCGCCGCGAAUGACGCGGGUCGCACGGUAAUGUGUGCCUUCCAAAUCGCGCUCGGCGGAGACCCAUGGAAGAGAGGAUGCCGUAAGAGCAUGCUGCAGGUUGCCGAUGAUCUCGAGUACCAUAGCGUGGUUACAUUCGAUGAGAGCCUCGGAGGUGUUGACAAGUAUUGUUGGAAGUGCGGCACAGCUGGCCAUAUGAAGGCGGAUUGCACGGCAAUUGACCUUCAUUGCGACGAAUGUGUAGAGAACGGGUGCUACAUCAAGCCUGGCGACGAACACAUCACCCUUCAUUGCAUGUGCAUCGCCAACGAAAAGGCUAAGCACACCACCGCCAUGAUCGAAAACACAGUCCCGAAGUACUUGCUCAUCAGGACGUGCAUCUUAGGCUUUCGCGCAAUCACGCCUUUUAGCAUCUUCUGGGUUUCUUUCAGCAUCGCAGAACCCCCGCAUUCGGCCUUUCGACGUUUUCUGCUCACGUGGAGCGUAGUAGAAACUGCCUUUUGGCUGCUCGUCUACCUACCCCGCAAGCGCGCGCUCCAAGCCUCUGCGCAACACCCACCACCACUCGAGAAAGAGGAAAGGAAGGAACUGUUCUGGCGAUGCUGGGAUAAGAUACCGCACCCGGAAUAUUACAUCAGCCGAUGGUUCCUGGGCGCGCGGCCGGGCGAGAUACGGCGUGAGAAUGUGCGCGAAUUCUAUGCGUGGGCUUUGCUGAACCGCGGCACUGAAAGCGACGAGGAGCGGAGGAAGCGGCGUCAAGCACACCCAGACGAGGCCAACGCUGAAGAUGACGAGCUGAAUGAGUAUGCGGACGGCAUAGAGACGAUGCUUGGGAGGAAGCUGGAGCCUGGAUGGGGUAGCGCAAAGAGCCUUCGGUUGACGACCGACCAAGUCAAUAUGGCACAUCGGCCCUUCCUGUGGUACAUGAUUGUAAUGCUUGUCGAUACGCUCACUGCCGCUCGUCUGCGCUACUACGGCUUCAUACUAUUCCGCACCCAGCUCCGCUCCUCGCUGGCCAUCUUCCCACCGCGGCUCGCCAGUCUCACCACGCGCAGCAUCUCCUCUGCACCAGACAUGAGUUACUGGUACCGACCACAUACCUCGAAAACACGACUGCCCAUUUUCUUCGUACAUGGCAUUGGCAUCGGCCUGCACCCAUAUGUCGAGUUCUUGAACGAGAUCAACAAGCACGAUCCGCUUGCGGCAGAAGACGGUCAAGUCGGAAUUAUUGUGGUGGAAAUCAUGCCUGUCAGCUUCCGCAUAACUGGGCCGAUUCCUGACAAGGACAACAUCUGCCGGCAGAUUAAUAUCAUCCUGGAACGACAUGCUUUCGAUAAAGUCGUCCUGGCCAGUCACUCUUACGGUUCUGUCAUCUCCACCCACCUCCUCCGGGACCCCGUCACUGCUGCGAAGAUCGGACCGAUGGUCUUUGUCGACCCUGUUACAUUCCUUCUACAUCUGCCUGAUGUAGCAUACAACUUCACAGCACGUCGACCAAAAGGUGCGAACGAGCAUCAGCUCUAUUACUUCGCUUCGACCGACAUGAUGGUUGCGCAAACGUUAGCCCGUCAAUUUUUCUGGGCACAAAACAUCCUGUGGAAGGAAGACCUUAAAGACCGAGAUGUCACUGUCAGCCUUGGUGGUAGGGACCUUAUAGUCGAUACUGAGACGAUCGGUAAAUAUCUAAACAGCGCCGACCUCAAGGGUGAGGAUCGAGCAUGGAAGGACUCCGAGUGGAGAGGCCAUGGUUUGGAGACGAUAUGGUGGCCGACCGUGGACCAUGCACAAGUUUUUGAGAGGAGAGAGGGAUCUUAUUGCAUCUUGUUCUUCGAGCGAUAUAUCCAUAUUCACAUCAUGCCUAAUGGAAAUUGGAUUCUUGGCGACCUCUUCACAAAAGACUACGGACAUCGCGGCAGCAUCCAGAAAUUGUGGGAACAACGUUGGAAGUUCCCAUGCACCAAAGGUGUUUACCCGUUCCACGAUGGAAAGUUCGAAGACUUUGAACCCAUUUUCAAGCAUCUCAUCGAUAACAAUAUCAAUGAUCCGUACGACGAUGCAUACACGAAUGCUUUCUUGCCAACAGCGCAACGCCUAGCAAAGGAGGCUCAAGAGACGGAAAGCAAAGACAAAGAGGCAGCGAAAAAGCUGUACCUGAAUGCAAACGCGGUGUACAGAUUGGCGAGAUUUCCAUAUAUCGGCACCGAGCUCAAGAAGAAGGUCUUCGAGGAGCAGAAAGAGGUCUACUUCCGCGGCGCACAGCUGUGGGAUAUCCCACUAGAGGAAGUCGUAGUAUCACAUAAGCAUGCCUCCAACGGCGAUGGCGACAAAAUUCCAAUGUACAUCCGCAAACCUACAGGGGACGGCCCAUUCCCAACUGUCCUACUGAUUACAGGUCUCGACGGCCACCGCCCAGAUAACACAGAGCGCACACAGGAACAUCUCGCCCGCGGUUGGGCGACAGUGAUCUGCGACAUUCCCGGCACCACAGUCGACUGUCCAGCUAACAAGCGCGACCCUCUCUCCCCAGACCGAUUCUUCACCAGCAUUCUAGACUUUAUCAAAGAGACAUCAUAUCUCGACGAGAAGAAAGUCAUCGCAUGGGGCCUCUCAGCCGGUGGCUACUACGCUAUUCGCCUCGCGCACACGCAUCGCAGCCAACUCAUCGGUAGCGUAGGCCAUGGCGCAGGAACACAUCACUACAUCGGCCGCGAGUGGCUUGAGCAGAUCGACAAGCACGAAUACCCUUUCGGCCUCGAACAAGCUUACACGCAAAAAUACGGGUAUUCUUCUUUCGAAGAGAUGAAGCAGAAAUGCCAGGAUGAGUUCUCGCUCGUCUCUGGGAAAGGCGAGGGUGUGGCUGUUGUGGCGCAGGGGAUGAAGAGUUGUAGGUUGUUGCUUGUGAACGGGGUGCUGGAUGGGUGUAUGCCAAUCGAGGAUAGUAUGCUGCUAGCUGAGUAUGGAAGCCCGAAGGAGAUGCGGUUCAUGCAGCAGAGGUUGCAUAUGGGAUAUCCUGAGGCGAAUAGUACGGUGUAUCCGUGGAUGGAAGAGGUUAUGGCUAGUAAGUAG